AUGCCCGAGCAAACACAGCAGCGACGGAUACCUCAACUCUUACGUGCUCAGCCUCAACGAUCGUCCAUCGGUUCUGGCAUACCCGAUUCUGCGAACAUGAACCCUACACAGGCUUUGGAAGCUGCAAUGAAGAAGAUAUGGCAAACGUCAGACGAUAGGGAGAAGCCUCGAAGCACGGCCCGGGCCGGACGAAGAGAUAUGAAUGAUAGGGAGCCACCUACCAUGGAGGGUAUCGCCCAAUACAUCGCUACCCUCAGACAAGAGGUCAAGAACAAGCGGGCCAGCCCCGAAUCUAGUGACGAGAGGCCACCAUACAAGAAAAACAGAACCCAGAAGUCCGAGGAUCAAGUGCAUGAGCCCUCGCCCAAGCAUAGCGACAACAUCCCGCGCCGAUCGCACGUGAGGCCUGGCGAGAGAGCAGUCAGCACCGGAAUCGAUCGAGGCAGAGCUAUCGUAGGACGAAAAGACAAUUCCAAGGUCAUGAUAAUCAUACGCAAAGAGGCAAAUGAUCCAAUUCGCGGAUGGACUCCUGUACCAGAAGAGAAGUUCGAAUACAAGCAUGAAAUUUCGGACUGGAAGGACAAGGGCCAGAUCCUCAAGCUCAAUAAGUGGCGCGCGGCCAUCUUCCACAAGUAUUUUGCUCCGUUGAAGAUUCACGUAUGGCUAGAUUCCGAGAAGCUUCUCGUACAAGCUCUCCUGCGAGAAGGUCUGGAAGAUCCGGAAGCAGUCUUAGAGGCGUACCACAGUAGGAUGACCGCUGUCCAGCGAGCUGGAGAAAGGACUAUCAAAGGGUUACCACUUUUUUUGAAAGAAGAUCGAAUCCCCCCGCGUCGGACUUUGGGCUCAAUCAAAGAAAUUAUCAAGCUUUGCAAAACGGAGGAGAAGGGGGCAUCGGACAAGGCGGACGAGAUGGUAGGAGUAGGCGGGGCAGAGCAAGUUGUCGCUACGGAAGUUGGAUAG